UACGCACACACUUGCCACUUAUACCAAGUACCCCACGGAGUUCACGGCCGCGAGUCGUCCGCUCAACCUCAUGGCGACGCAAGGCUCCGACCAAGGCGCCGCCUCCGCCAUGGACUCGUCGUCGGGCUGGGCGGUCGCGCCGGCGGCGGCAGCGGUGUCCGCGGCCGGGCCGAGCAUGUCGCUCAGCGGCAUACUCACCCUGGCGGGCAUCUUCCUGGUGUUCGCCAUGUUCGCCCUGGCGCUCGUCUUCCUCCAGUACCGCUUCAACAACGGCUUCCCGACGGCGCCGGGCUGGCCGCCGCGCAUCGGCGUGGCGGCGGCGGCGGCUGGGAACAAGGACAAGGGCGUCGACCCGGAGCUGCUACGGUCGCUGCCGGUCACGCUGUACCGCGCGCCCUCGGCCAAGGACUCCACGAACGGCAGCGGUCUGGAGUGCGCGGUGUGCCUGGCGGAGCUGGAGGACGGCCAGGAGGCGCGGUUCCUGCCCCGGUGCGGCCACGGCUUCCACGCCGCGUGCGUCGACACGUGGCUCGCCGCACACUCCACGUGCCCGCUCUGCCGCGUCACCGUGGCCAAAGCCGAAGCCGACGUAAUUACGAGUUCUCGACCUCGUCUGGCUCCCGUGCCGCCGGAGCCGGCGAACUACGCCGCCGCGAAUGUCGUCCUGCCGGCGAGUGCGCUUCUUCUCGGGACUUACGACCAGGCCACUCGUGCCACCGUGCCUUCCGACGGAGGCGCGAGCUCCUCAGCCCCUGCGGUGGCAGCGCUGGUGAUCGACAUCCCAGAGGCAUGUGUCGUCCCGCGCGACGCGGCGGCCAAGUCGCCGGGAUUAGGGAGGCUGAGAUCGCUGAAGGGGCUGUGGAGUUUCGGGAGGCCAGCUGGGUCGUCGAUUCCGUCCUGCUCCUGCGGCAGCGGCGGAGGAAUGGCAGACGUCGAGCGGGGUGUCAGCAUCCGCACCGUCGGUGCUCGCGCGGAACUGCCGCCGGAGGCAUCGUCGACCUGUGCAACCCCGAGACCUGCUGUGUAGCACCGGAAUUAGCGGGACUGCGGGAGGUGUAGCCGGAGACCGGAGUACUGUCGCCCGGAGAUCAAUUCCAAUUCCUAAACCCGUACAUAUAUUUCACAUUUGGGUACGGGACAUAGGCGCAUAGACAUUCUUUUUGUAAAGGGCUGAUCAAUUGAGCUCCAUAUAUUGAGAAGGAAGUAGGAGUACAGGUUUCCUUAUUAUUAUUGGGUUUCAGUCCGAGAAUUAGUCCUCUGUAUUAGGAAGGGAUAUUAUUCCUAUCGCUAAAUUAUCGGCGGCGCGGUGACUUCGGCGCGCAUAUGCAUGUUCCUUCUUUAUGAUGCGUUCGGGACUCCGGGGAGUAGUCGAUCUCUCUGCUACGCGGAUCCGAUUCCGUCUCGUGUUCAAUCGAACGUUGCGGCGGCGAUGUAUAUACCACGCCAACACUAACUUUGAUAAGGUUUUGCCGCUUUCAACCUGCAGAUCGAGACGAUGAGCGACUCGGACUACAACAGUACAACAUCGACUGCGGGUACUGCAUUGCAGCCUGCUGCGAGGGCUGUGCCGAGGGAUGCGCCUAUGCGUGCUGCCUCGAAGCGGGCUGCGCCGGCUGCGUCGCCAUCAGCACCUCGCGAUCAAUACUCAGUACCAGCUUUGCCAUUUGUUGAGUACCCUGCGACGUUUCAGCCUAUCCAAGGAGAGUUUACAAGAUUACUUCUUCAAGCUCACGGAGAUGCCACGGCAUUGUCGACAAACCGUCAGUUAGAUUUCAGUAGCGGAGAUAUGACAAGUUUCCAUGGCUGAGCACCUUCACGGCUAUCCACUAAGCAACAGAAGAUAAUAGGUCAAAUAUAAUAGGACCAAUACUUAAUCCAAGUGUGUUUUACUUUA